AUGGCUAACUGCGAACAAAUGCAAAACAGUAACCAGUCCCUAACGGCUUCGAUCACCUCGUCGAUAUAUCAAUAUCGGGCAGAGAACGGACGUACUUAUCAUGCACACAAGGACGGACAAUAUCCAUAUCCGAACGACGACCGGGAGCAAGACCGCUUAGAUCUGCAACAUCACCUGUUUCUCAUAUCGAUGAACGGCAAGCUGUACCUUGCGCCCAUCACAGAGCAACCCCAGGAUGUGCUUGACAUUGGCACUGGAACUGGGCUUUGGGCCAUAGACUUCGCCGACGAACACCCUUCUGCGCGGGUCCUAGGCACCGACCUCAGCCCGAUUCAGCCCACCGACGUCCCCCCAAACCUGUCGUUCGAAGUCGACGACGCGAACGAGCCAUGGACAUACUCUCACAAGUUCGACUUUAUACACUGCCGCCAGCAUCACUGCGCUAUCAACGAGAAGCCCAUGUUCGUGCAGGCAAUGGAAUUCCUUCAACCUGGCGGCUGGCUCGAAAUGCAAGAACUCGCCUUCCCGAUCGGCUGCGACGACGGCACUGUGCUCCCCAAUUCAGCUCUUUUCAAAUGGUCGGAUCUCAUGCUCAAGGCCUCGCGCAUCCCGGGCCAGGACCUCGAUAACGCCUCCCAUUAUGAAGAAUGGAUGAAGGAAGCGGGCUUUGAGGAUGUCCAUGCGACAAUGUACAAGUGGCCCGGGAACAACUGGCCACAGGACAAGACAGAGAAAACCCGCGGCCUGUGGAUGAUGACGAACCAUCUGGAUGGGCUGCAAGGCUUCACUGUGGGCCUCUUUACCCGGGUGUAUGGAUGGAGCCCAGAGGAGGUGGAAGUGUUCCUUGCAGCUGUCAGAAAGGACAUCAAGAGUAAGAACAUGCAUGCGUGGUGGCCCGUCUAUAUCGUCUACGGCCAGAAGCCGAAGGCUUCCGCCGACUCUGAAGCCUGA